AUGUUGACAUCCCUACCACAGUCCUCUUCGCCACAUUCCACGGACACAGCCAUGGACCCGGAGUCCGUGCUCCAGGGAGCCAUGUCCGGCAACCUCCCGAUCGUCUGGAGUGACCAGCCUCAGACCAUGAAGGAUAUUCUAGACGAGAACAGUCUGCCAACAGUGGUCAAGGUUUGGCAAGAGAACCGGUUAUUGGCUAGUUUGGAGGGCGCUAACGAUAUACAUAAACCCCUCGUUGUGUAUAAAGAGAUGAGGGGCAGGAAAGUUUACGCCAAAAACGUCACUUCCGUCGAUGUAUUAGCAGGUGCUCCGUGUAAGGACAAAACACCAAUCGUUGUUAUACCUGUCAGUUAUAAAGGUUGGUUCCGUUUAAUUGAUGACCUUGAAAUGCCCAUGAAGACUGUGGCCAGUGUCGCUAGAGUUAUGCCAGUCCGUAUGCUGUCAGCCAAAUUUGUACCCGGCUUUGUGCUGAAGGAACCUCCAUGUGAAAGUGAACCUGAAGGACUAUACCAACGGGUAGAGGUUCAACCAGGAAUUCUCCGGGUCAUCAACAUCCAUGAGGAUUUUAUACGUUACAACAACUACCGGAAGUUGACACGCCGGAAGUUACUACGUUGUUUGCGUUGCUUUACUGAUGACAAUACCGAGGUUUUACUUCCGUUUGACGCUGAGGGAUUAUUCUACAUGAUAGAAGCGAGAAAGACAACAUCAAAACACAUCAAUGUUGAUGAUAUUGCGUAUGUGUACAGUAUCAAUGAUCUACUUUCGGCAGGACUGGCUAAAGGAGUGUUUAUCAAACUCCUUCACGGUCGGCCGCCCACAAAACCAUGCAGUUUCACAUCUGUCCUACAGACUCAUGACGUCAUAAAAGACCACACAAUUGUAGCAUGUACAAUGGACGAGAAGAAAAGUUUACUCGAACUUCCGGUUGCGAACGUACCUCUCUUCGUAAAGGCUUUGAACACGACCGAUUUGUGCAUGAAUGGCUUAUACGCCGAAACCUUGUCGCACCUCCAGAAAACGGCAGAAAAUUACAUGACUGAAAUGAAGGUUAGAUAUCACUAUAGCGUUGAAACGUCGUCAGAAACGGAGAGAGGCAAGAGGAAAGAUUGA